UGGCGGUGGCUGGCUGUGUGUGUGAAUGUCUGUUCCCAUGGCGCAGCGGGAGACAGGCGGCACCAGCCCGGUGGUCCGGCAGAUCGACAAACAGUUCCUGGUCUGCAGCAUCUGUCUAGACCACUACCACAAUCCUAAAGUCCUGCCCUGCCUGCACACCUUCUGUGAAAACUGUUUACAGAACUACAUCCCUCCAGAGUCUCUGACGUUGUCGUGUCCUGUGUGUCGACAGACGUCCAUCCUACCAGAGAAAGGAGUGUCCGCUCUACAGGACAACUUCUUCAUCACUAACCUCAUGGAGGUCCUCCAGAGGGAUCCAGAGUGUUCGAGGCUUGAAGCCUGUAGUGUCCUGGAGUCAGUUAAUGCUGCUGCUGCAGGGAAACCCCUCUGUUGCCCCAACCACGAGGGCAAGGUAAUGGAGUUCUACUGCGAGUCGUGUGAGACCGCAAUGUGUCUGGAGUGUACAAAGGGAGAGCACAGAGAGCAUGUGACCGUCCCUCUGAGGGAUGUCCUGGAGCAGCACAAAACACAAUUAAAGACACAGCUAGACGCCAUACGCAAUAGACUGCCCCAGCUAACAGCAGCUAUAGAGCUGGUAGGGGAGAUCUCCAAGCAGCUGACAGACAGGAAGAACGAGGCGGUGACUGAGAUCAGCAGUAACUUCGAGGAGCUGGAGAGGGCGCUACAGCUCAGGAAGACAGCCCUCAUCAAUGACCUGGAGAACAUAUACGGCGCCAAGCAGAAGGUGCUGCAGGCCCAGCUCUCCUCUCUCCUCCAGGGGAAGGACCACAUCCAGAGCAGCUGUAAUUUUACUGAACAGGCCCUGAGCCACGGCAGUGCCACAGAGGUACUGAUGGUGCAAAAACAGAUGAGUGAGCGGGUUUCUGCCAUGGCCCGUCACGACUUCCCUGAACAGCCUCACCAGAACGCACACCUGGACUGUCAGGUAGGAUACAGGAUACACACCUGGACUGGUGUCCAGUCUACCAUCUGGCCCCCGCCAUCUCCAGGACUGAGCAACAGGGCACCAGGGGUGAUGGCCGGGUCCUUCCCCCAGACAGAGGGCCCAUGGCUGGGCAACCAUCUGUGGUUUGAUGGCCUCUAG